AUGUCCUCGCCUGUCUAUGUUUCAUGCAAGUCAACACAGUCUUUGGACUAUAACGACAAACUUAAAACUACAAAAGAAUUUGGGAUGGUUCAACAUUGGAAGAAAUCAAAUUCAAUAAAAAAACCAUUUUGCAAUGAGAAUUACUUUCCUCGCAUCGACUUGAAUCUCCCUCAAUAUCACUUGGGACCCGAUCUCAAAACUCAUCCUUCAGCAUCACCAAUCAAAACUAAUUGGAUCCAAGUGACUCAAGAGAAAACUGUUAUAAAGCCAACAAACUCAUACGAUCCGUUACGCAUUGUAACUGCGCAGGAAUCGAGAUCCAAGGCGAUUCAAGCCGCUAAAAUAUGUGGAGAUCUCUCAUUUACAAUUGCAGAUGAUAUAGAAGAGCUAUUGUUGGAAGAUCAUGUUGAUGUCAUUCGUGCCGACACCUACGAUUCAAAAAGAGACAAUGUACUCGCAGUUGCCAAACUUAAUGAUAAGAACAUAGUGAUGUUACCAAUUGGAGAUUCUCAGAGAGAACUUCAUAUAUUUUCCACUGAAACAACCCAAGUUACAUUGUCUGAUCCAGAUAAUGAAUCAAAAAACACAUAUGAGUUCCCUUCAGGAGCAAUUAAAUCAAUUCUUGAAAUGAAUUUUCCUUCUUGUAUCCGUCAGAUCGAAAUAUCAAAUGCUUUUAAUAUUAAGCAAGACAAAAAGAGAUUAAUAAUUGGUGUAAGGACGGACAUCAGUGUAGCUCUUGUCUUGAUUGAAACCUCAAAAAUAGACGAAGAUAAGAUUAAAGGAGAGGUACUACAUGAAUAUUUCCCCAUGCAUCAAGAAGAAUCCAGGAAAUGUACACCGUCAAGUAUCGCGUUGAGUCCUUAUGACUGUUAUACCUAUUCAUUUGUGGGAGAAAAUGGCUAUUUUGCGUCGUUUAAUAUUAAAGAUGAAUCAGCUGAAUUGCCAACUUAUCACACAAUAGAAUAUGAUCAGAACCUCAAAGAAACCAAAAAACUCAGUCAGCGAUGGAGAAGAUGCGGUUAUGGCUGUGACCCAGAGCAAUUUAUCAUUGCUUCUCCUCGUAGCAUAAUGUUACUUGAUAGACAAGGUGACAUGCGCAAACUCUACAAAACUUCUAGUAAAUCUACCCGUUUCUAUGCUUUUGGCGUCGACAAAACCCCCUAUUCGUUUUUCUGUGUGGCUGUGACCCAAGAGGAUGUUGUUUUAUUAGAUGUGCGUUAUACUGGAAAAGUUAUGGGACAAUGGAAGCAUUACAUGGACGAUGGUCCACCAACCCAUGUGGAAAUCAUUACUGUAAACGGAAGAACACAUAUCUUUGCAUGGGAUUUUUUGUUACAUCGAGUAUUUACUAUAUCGUUUGUUUAUAACGCAUCAAUCACACAGUUCCCUGGAGUUUAUCCACUCGCAAACAAGCUAUCUCUCAACACAUCUCAACCAAUACACUUUUCAAAACAGGAGUUCAAACAUUUUAAUGGGAAAGAUGUUAUCCACAUGGCAGGUGCAGGAACUAUAUUGCACAGUAUACCUUGUUCCUCACUUGGAUCUCGCCCAUUUUGCUUUUUCUUCCGUUUGAUGAAAGAUGGAAGGUUGAAAUACCAACUGAUGCUAAAAUCCACGUGGGGACAUCCACCCCCUAUAGUUACUGGCGUACCUUACCUUAUUAACAAAGAUCGACUCACAAAAUACAUCUCGUACCUUGUCAAAAAAGCAAAAGCUGCAGAGCGAACCAAAUUCACUAAGAGUCUUAACCUUGUGUCAAUGGCCAGAUGUAUUCUGGAAGAUUCACUCUCUACAAAGCUUAAACCACUUGAAUAUGAACGUAAAAUUGAACCUGACAAAAUUCAGGAUAUUUUGGAAGAUAACAAAAACAACCAGCACCCAUCAACACUGGCCGAAUUGAUCGAGAGACAAGGAAGUGUACAACCAAAUAAGCAACAAUUCUUUGAAUUAUAUGAUUUGUUGCAAAGCCAACCUGAAGCAGAAAUAUGUUGGAUUCCUUCGAGUAAAGAUAUGGGACCCGUGCCUUUGGCUGGAGGUGAUUCACUAAAGGAUGUUCUCGAUAUGGCAAACAAACACAAUAUUCCACCUAUUAUUUCUGGUGACGAUUCUGCCCUUCAUGCAACCCGAGUUUCUACGCGUGAAAUGCUGAACACAAAGCUGGCAGAAACAAUUUCUGGGAACCGAAUUGUCAAUGUCCCUGUGGACACAGAUGUGUCAAAUACAGGUCCUCGGCUUCGUUUUCUCAAGAUCGGAGAACCUUUGACUAGCGUAACUAAUUCUGCUAGAUUAUUGGCGAGUGAAUGGACGCCGGGUUUGCCUAAAACUUCGCAUGUUACUAUACGCAACCAAUAUCGUCAGAAUAAACCUACCGGUGUUGCUCCAAAGGAUAUGUUUCCUAUUCCCAUGCGGAUCGACAAGAGGAAGCGCAGUGUUGCAUUCAAUGAGAUACAUACUGAUUCUAAGCUUGAGGAUAUACCUACUAUCGAAGUCAUUACAUCGGCUCCCAAAAACAAGAGGCCGAUAUCGAUGUCUUCUACACAGCCAGUAUCCACCAUUACUCCCAAGACCAAUGGGCCCACUACAGCACCUACAGCACCUACAAUAUCAUCUCAGCCAGUUCCUGGUGCAUUCAGUGAAAGAACUGCGGCGCCACCCAAAAAGAAAAAGAAGAAAGUCCAGGGAUUCAAAUAA